UCUCAGGUGGGCAGAGCUACAUUGCGGGUGUCGCUACGCUGGAACGACUGGAACACCGUCCGCAGUAGCAAGUCAUAAAGACAAACUGUAGAAGGAGACAAGGAUAAGAGGCGAAAAGGAGCAGACUCCAGCAGCUAAGUGGAAUACUAGCAUUAAGUGUCACUCUAGCGGAAAGCCCUGGUUGCACCACAGCCUGCCGUCGAAAUAAUUUCAGACUUGUUCAAACUUGCAAUAUCAGCAGCUAGCUUAGUUGCUAGAAGUCUGGCUAUCCUGUCAGUUGGUUAGCCAUUGCUAGGAGCAGUAGCUUAGCUAACCUAGCUUAGCUGUUGGCAGCUUCACUUCCAAGAUGAGGCUGAAAAUCGGCUUUAUUCUACGGAGUUUGCUUGUCAUUGGGACGUUUCUUGGUUUGGUGGUUCUGUGGUCUUCUCUGUCGCCAAAACCCCACGAUGAGAACCCCUUUGGAAAACGGGAUGACAGUUCGCUGCCCAAAGGAGACCUAUCAGAUCAGUUUAAGCCUGUAGUGCCCUGGCCUCAUGUGGAGGGAGUGGAGGUUGACCUCAACUCCAUCAGACUCAAACAUGGUGGGGCCAACCAUCUUCACAACUCAGACCAGCAGCCUAACCAGAAGCAGGUGAUCCAGCAGCAGUAUGUGACAUUCAGACCCCACUCACACAACUACAACACCCCCACCCUGAAGAAAGGUAUGCUGGGAAACUUUGAGCCUAAGGAACCUGAGCCUCCGGGGGUCCCUGCUGGUCCAGGAGAGGGAGCCAAGCCUUUUAUCCUGGGUCCAGAGUACAAAGAUGCCAUCCAGGCUUCCAUCAAAGAGUUUGGCUUCAACAUGGUGGCUAGUGACAUGAUAUCACUGGACAGGACCAUCAGUGAUAUACGCCAUGAAGAGUGUAAGUACUGGCAUUAUGAUGACAGACUGCUGACCUCCAGUGUGAUAAUAGUCUUCCAUAAUGAAGGUUGGUCUACACUGAUGAGAACCGUCCACAGCGUCAUCAAGAGGACUCCCAGGAGAUACCUGGCUGAGAUCGUCAUGAUAGAUGACUUCAGCAACAAAGUCCAUCUAAAGGAGCGUUUGGAGGAGUACAUCAAGCAAUGGAACGGUCUUGUAAAACUCUUCAGAAAUGAGAAGAGAGAAGGUCUCAUCCAGGCGCGGAGUAUAGGAGCCAAGAAGGCCACUAAAGGACAGGUGCUGAUCUACUUGGAUGCUCAUUGUGAGGUUGGAAUCAACUGGUAUGCUCCACUGGUUGCUCCUAUUUCAGAAGACAGAACGGUGUGUACGGUGCCUCUGAUCGACUCCAUCCAUGGCCAGAGCUUCACCAUCGACCCCCAGGGUGGAGGAGACGAAGACGGCUUUGCUAGAGGAGCCUGGGAUUGGAGCAUGCUCUGGAAGAGAGUUCCUCUGGGAGACAGAGAAAAAACACUCAGAAAAACCCGUACUGAGCCAUAUAGGUCUCCAGCCAUGGCAGGUGGUCUGUUUGCUAUAGAGAGAGACUUCUUCUUUGAGAUGGGUCUGUAUGAUCCUGGACUGCAGAUAUGGGGAGGAGAGAAUUUUGAAAUAUCAUACAAGAUUUGGCAGUGUGGUGGCAAGCUGCUCUUUGUACCAUGUUCUCGUGUCGGCCAUAUCUACAGACUUCAGGGAUGGCAAGGCAACCCUCCACCUGCACAUGUUGGAUCCUCACCCACACUGAAGAACUAUGUUCGUGUGGUGGAGGUAUGGUGGGAUGAAUACAAGGACUACUUCUACGCCAGUCGUCCUGAAACUCUAACUCUAGCCUACGGAGACAUCAGUGAGCUCAAACGCUUCAGGGAGGAACAUCGAUGCAAGAGCUUCAAAUGGUUCAUGGAGGAAAUUGCUUAUGACAUUCCACUACAUUACCCUUUGCCUCCUAAAAAUGUGGAAUGGGGAGAGAUUCGGGGCUUUGAGACAAGUUACUGUAUUGACAGUAUGGGACACACAAAUGGAGGCAAUGUCGAAAUAGGGCCGUGCCACAGGAUGGGGGGCAACCAGUUGUUCCGUAUCAAUGAAGCCAACCAGCUGAUGCAGUAUGACCAGUGCCUGACCAGAGGAGGUGAUAGUUCAACUGUCAUUAUUACACACUGUGACCAAAACCAGCACACUGAGUGGAAGUACUUCAAGGAUCUCCAUCGGUUUACUCAUGUGCCAACAGGCAAAUGUCUGGACCGCUCAGACCUACUCCACAAAGUGUUCAUAUCAGACUGUGACACCAGUAAAACCACUCAGAGAUGGGAGAUGAACAACAUAGUGGCUGUAUGAAGACUGGACAACUCGCACAAAAAAAAACCACUGGGAGCUUAGAGAGGGACAUGGUGACUGGAUGAGGACAUACACACCGAUUAAAACCCACCAAGAAAUACAUCCAUACUACAGGUUUACAGAUAUAUCAAGCUGAUACUGUCCCUCAAAGAAUACAUGUUGUAGGUAUGAGUCAGUCAGUGUCAGUGCACCUCCAACAUGAUGGAGCCAAAUGGUCAAAUAUAAAGAUGCUGAGUAUCACCUGGUAACAGCUUCCACCCCAAACUAUUGCUCUUAGCCAAAAUAUGCCUUUGUCAACAUGAAUUAUAUAGGCACAUAGACAGUCCAGAAUGCCAGAAGAAGAACUGGUUAGUAUGGAGGCUGAAGCUACUGGUCCUCUGACCAAGCACUGAACUGGAAUCAUGUUAGGCUCUCUCUCUCUCUGUCCUUCAUGGUGGUUGUGUUUACAUGGUGUCCCUCUAUCUGUUCUUUUGGGCUCUCAGGUCUUUUCUAAACCAGUACAUUGAUUUCUGAAAUUACUCACAUCAACUCUUACUAUUUAAAAGUCACACUUUUAUUAGACAUUUUCAAUCAACUGUUAGCCAAACUGAUGAGCUCACUUACCAAAGAGUCCUUUUUAUUGGUGGAGGAUUCAAUUGCAUCAUCAGUGUGUUUAACCAAUUGGAGUGUUGCUGCAGACACUGGCUUUUGUCUGCAAGUCAGGUUUAGAUUGCUUUCAGGUUAGAAUGAUAAGUCGAAACGAUGUCAAAAACAAAAAUAGAUGAGGAGUGAGCUAUCAGGUUAGCACUUUUGAAAUAGCUGACUUGUGUCAUGCUGAUGUUCAUGAGUGUUAAGUCCUGGCUUGUUUUCUGCAUGUUAACAAUCAGUAAGGUACAAUGCAAAAUGCUUUUACAAGGUAAAAGCAUCAAAAGGUGGAGAGAUGUCCUCACAUACCAGUCAUGUGUAACUAAAGCUCCUCCAGUCACAUGCUGAACAGGCUUAAAAGGGACACUUGACAUUUCAAUAUUGUUUUGUUUUUUCUUCACAUUUGCACUCAAAAUGCUGCUCCUAUUAAAAGGGCCACCUCUAGUGUGUUGCUAAGUCUUCUAGCAGACUGAAUUUGGUUAAUGAAUACAUAGAAUUUAAUCCACCACACUGAAUACAAAAAGCCUUGCCAAGAUAAUAAAAAGAUUUAAACAAAUAAAGCAAUGUUUGCCUUCUGCAUUAAGCUUCAUACAGUGCUAGUUCCCUAAACCAUCUCAUGGUCCAUUCACAUUGUGCCAUUUCUGAAACCAACUGUUGUCCAGCCCUCCUACAACAUGCUGUUAAAGGCUGUCUUUAUUUUGUUUGGUUUUAUUGGCUUGAACUCAUUUCCAUCAACCUCUAUAGACACUGAGAUGCUUGAGAGAAACUUAAACUUGCUAAGGAAAGCACAUCUUUGAGAACUUUGAUCUGACUAACUGAGGACUUAUGAACUGCCUGCCUUACUCCUGAUGAGUAAUUCAGUAGCUGACCAGUUGACUGUGAUUUAGUUACUGCCUGACUGUCUGUCUGAAAAAUGAGGAGGGAACAAAAACACAGGGCUGUUGUGGUGGGGAAUUAUACUGGUGAGAAAUGCACCGUUUAUAAUAGGGAAAAUGGCAAAUGAAGAAAAUGUGACUGCUUUUUGUUUGUGUAUUUGUUUUUGCAGGGGAAUGGGGCUUUGGUGUAUGGAUGAUCAUGUAUGCAAUGUUUUGUACAAUGUAAAUACUUUUCUUUCUAAAGACGAUCAUGAUACAUUUUGAGAAGGGCCUUGAAUGAUGUAAAUAUCUAACUUAUAGCAGAGAUUUAAUUUGGGCUGAACAGUGGGUGACUGAGGAAAUAAAAGACCAGAUUUUUA